GGCAGUCACUCAGUUAUAGAGGGAGGGAGAGGGAGAGAGAGAGAGGACAGUCGCGCCAGCACAGAGCGGCACGGAGACGCAGCAGAGAGCAUCAAGGCGACUUUAUCUGGGAAAAAUAAAUAAAUAUAUAAAUUGAAGAAACAACUUCAGAAACAGGGGCAGGGACAGAGAAACUCGGAGGAGAUACUGCUUUUUCUACGGACAUAAAAUGAAAGGGUUACCUGGCUGUAUAUUGGAUUUCGAUUCUUGUAUUACACCGGGGCGACUUUGACACAAGAGUUGCGCAAGCGAGUCUCUAGGAGUUGUCUCUUGGAGGAAUUUCAGGCACUCGAAUUAAACUUGAGUUGGACAUCCAGGAACCAGUCAGGGACUAAGCUAAACUACUUGUGCUCUCACUGGAAAAGAACACAUUAAAGCACCACUACCGCCAUGGAGGAGGAACAGUGCUACUACAAUGAGACCAUCGCUUUCUUCUACAACCGCAGUGGCAAGCACCUUGCUACUGACUGGAACACUGUCAGCAGGCUGGUGAUGGGCCUCGGCAUCACCGUGUGUAUUUUCAUCAUGCUUGCCAACCUUCUGGUGAUGAUCGCCAUCUAUGUCAACAGGAGAUUUCACUUUCCCAUCUACUACCUGAUGGCCAAUCUGGCAGCUGCUGACUUCUUUGCUGGACUGGCCUACUUCUACUUGAUGUUCAACACGGGACCAAACACGAGGCGUCUUACUGUUUCCACCUGGCUGCUGCGCCAAGGUUUGAUUGAUACCAGCUUGACGGCGUCUGUGGCUAACUUGCUGGCCAUUGCCAUCGAGCGCCACAUAACUGUGUUCCGUAUGCAGCUACACACACGCAUGAGCAACCGACGUGUAGUGGUGGUGAUUGUCAUAAUCUGGACUAUGUCCAUAGUCAUGGGGGCCAUCCCCAGCGUGGGCUGGAACUGUAUCUGUAGCAUUAAGUCCUGCUCCAACAUGGCGCCGCUUUACAGCAACUCCUACUUGGUCUUCUGGGCAGUGUUUAACCUUGUGACUUUUGUUGUAAUGGUGACACUAUAUGCCCACAUCUUUGUAUAUGUACGCCAGAGGACCAUGAGGAUGUCGCGGCACAGCUCUGGACCCCGACGCAACCGAGAUACCAUGAUGUCUCUGCUGAAAACAGUGGUGAUUGUGUUGGGUGCAUUCAUUAUCUGCUGGACCCCUGGCCUUGUCAUCCUCCUUCUCGAUGUAUUCUGUGCCAGCUGCAACGUCCUCACCUACGAAAAGUUCUUCCUCCUUCUUGCCGAGUUCAACUCGGCCAUGAACCCCAUCAUCUACUCCUAUCGAGACAAGGAGAUGAGUGCCACCUUCAGGCAGAUCCUGUGCUGUCAGCGGCAGGAGAAUGUCAACGGGGCGACCACAGAUGUAUCGGACCGGUCGGCGUCGUCCAUCAACCACACAGUGCUGAGUGGCGGUAUGCACCACCACCACCACAACGAACACUCAGUGGUAUAAAGGAGAGCCAGUGAUUUCAGAGAUUAAUCCAACUUCGUGUAGGGGUUAAUCUCAUUUGGAGAGACUGGCAGAAAGAAGGUAAAUGCCAUCAUGGGAAGGUCAAGAGGGACUGCAAACAUGACAUGAACUAAAGAGCAACGGGAUGAAUUUCAGGUUUAAAAUUAGGCAGAUGGAGUAGAGUUGAUAAGCUGAAUGAGAUCACAGUGAAGAAGAGGAUGAUGACUAUGACGAAAGACGACAAGACUCUGUCUAUGUGUGGUGGAAGAACAGUAGAGGAGUCCAAUCUAUGAGGACUUCGAUAGGCUGUUAGUAUUUUUGUUUAGCUGUUUAUUAUUUUCUGUUUGUCUGAAAUGUGUUGUUAUGGACAACACAGAUAUGAACUAUUUAAAAGUAAUCUGUGAAAUGAAGGUAAUGCCAGUAUAACAUCUUCUUUCUCUAAACUUUGUAUCCCAUAGUCCUGGACUUCAGACUUUUUCCUCUUGUUCCCCAUUCUUAAAAAUGCUCUCAUAAGAUUUUACAUCUUACAAACAGACUCAUUCUUAUUAGUUUCAACAUUUUGGACAUGAAUCCAGAUUUAGAACACUAUCCUUUCUUCUUUGUUAAUGUUUGGAAGCAAAUACAAGUUAUGUUAACUAAUACAAAUUAUCUUCAAUCUGUGUUUAAACCUGUUUCCGGGGUUAACUUUUUCAAAAUAUAAUCCUUAAAGUGAAACAUUUUGGGACAUCUUGCCAAUGUUUAUAAGAUAAAUAACUAUACUGACUUGUUUAGGGACUUAACAAAAAUGCAGCAACAUAGUUCAGCCCAUUAUUGUUUAAGUAACCAGAGCCUCUAUUGAUCUCCCUAGUAGAUUCAUCAUUUAUCUUUUAACAAUCUUACAACCUGAAUACUGUGGGGAUUCAUUAUUCUACUGAUCCUACUCUCCUUCUAAAAAAAUGUUUGUGAAUGCAUCCCACAACUUUCUUUCUGUCAUCCAACUUAAAUAUGUCAAGGGUCCAGGAACUACAGAAAUCCUGAGUUGUUUCCCUCCAAGGAAUUAGAGACAAGUUGUUCCAAGGAUAUUACCAAAAAGGGGAGGAGGAUGUUUGUAGCUUUAGAGCAGACUCUGUGCAUAAGUGUUAUGUGGAGACAAGGUCAUAUCUGGUGAGCAUUAACAGACUCCAAAUCAUUACAAGAAAUGUGUUGAAGCAUCUGCCUCUUGUGGAUUUAUCAAGUGUCUCCACAUCCAUGAGGCUGACUGAGGAAGUGUGAAGGCACAGUCAGUGUUAAAGUUAACUUGUCCUCUGGUGGUGCGAGUAGGAUCUGAAACUGAAAAUUACUAUAAAUACUAUAAAAUUAGAACUGUCAGAAAUGGAUGAUAUAUCCUUGUGAUAUUGUGACAGGUAACAAGGUUGCUCAUUCCAUCCUUUCUGCAUGAACAUGAAGGUAAAACUGAAGUUAACGAAUGGCAGCCUGAAUUUAUAGAUUACAAACCACAUUUUUCAAUGAAUAAAGAUACAAUAGCCUAGCAGAUAUAACAACUUAAAUCCAAAUCUUGACCUGAAGAUGGUGCUACAUGAAAACUUAGGUGAUCACCAAAGUUAAUACUGCAUCAAGAUGAGGAUGUCAAUGUCUGAAGCAAGUCUAACAAGUCUGCAUGGUUUUACAAGCACUCCAAGGAAAGCAUCUUUCCUUUUUGUUUUCUUUUUUUUUAACCAGAAACUGAAUGACCUGACCAUUCAUUUGAGUAAGGUAUAAUGUAUAGUGUUCCUCCAUUCAUGACCCAUGGAGCUUAUUCUUUAUUUGCACUGCUGCGUCAAUAUCUCGCCAAGUGGAGGAGUUUGCCUCCAUUACUUGAGUAGAGAGCUGAAAUAACACAGUGUCAUUAAAAUAUGUCAGCGAUUUCCUGGCACUAAAAUAGUGAGGUGGCAGCCAUCUUUGGACAAAAAUUUUUUUAGCAGCUGGAAGACCUCCCAGCAACAACUUGUGCUGUCUUUCAUUUCAUUCUGAUUGAGAAUCAUCAUUGACAACCAGCAAAGUUGGAAUGAGUGGUAUGGCCUAACUAUAAAUUCUGACAAAAUUUUGGAUACCCAACCCCAGGAAUCUUCAACUGAGAGACACUCCCUCAUCAUGUGUUUAUAACUUCCCAGUGAAUUAAAGCACCAGUGUGUGGGAUUUAGAGGGCGCUAUGGGAAUAUAAUAUUUAUGAUGUGUUCAUUGGUGUAUAAUCGACUGAAAAUAAGAAUAAUAUUUUUAUUUCUUUAGAAAGAGCCCCUCAUAUUUAUAGAAGGCACAGGUCCUCUUGCAUGGAAUCCAACAUGUUAUACUGCUAUAUUUUGACAGUAUUCGAGAAUGGACAAACCGAACACUGACUCAAGAGAGGGCCUCUCAUGUUUUUAGCAGCAACUGUAGGUGUUUCCCCUUGUGCGGAAAGGAUGGUGAGGCCACUAAAUGUCAUUAAAUCCUACACACUGGGCCUUGAAGUUGGCACAUACUACAGUUUAGACUUGAUGACAGGCAUAUCGCAAAGUUAUAAGAACUUUUAUGUUUACCAAAAAAACAAAACUUGAGUAUUUACCGUACUACAGCACUAAGCAUUUUUGGUAAUAAUUUCUCAUUUAAGACGUACUGGCAACAUUGAUGUAUUACACUUAACUCCUAUCAUAAUACUCAAAGGUCUAGUAGCCUUCAAGGUGUUUUGCUUAAUCAAAUUAUUUCAUUAGAGGUGAGACAGAUGUGAGCCAAUGUAGUGUUGAAUUGUGUUAUAUUAUUUCUACAAGUGCACUCCCUGACUUCUGCUAUUAACCUGAGGAUUUAAGCUGGCUGAGAGGCAGGCCUAGUGAUACUAUGACGUGCAUUGUUAAAAACUGCCAGCUGAACGUUUUGUCCUGACUUGAAUCAAAACAAUUUUUGGCCAGCAUUCAUAGACAAAGCUCCUAACAGCUGACAGAAAAGCGAGAAUUACAGCCAGAAAAACAGUCAGAUGUUUUCCAGGAAGUAAAGUGUUUGACAGGGAAUUAAGCUGCAGUGCUAGAAUGAAGUCGGCUGGUAUUUUUGCUUGUCAAAGUUGCCUAAGAUGUUCUUUUUUAAAAAAAAAAAAAGAUGACAAAGUUUGGAAUUUUCUUUCUUUCUUUCUUUCUUUCUUUCUUUCUUUCUUUCUUUCUUUCUUUCUUUCUUCCUAAGUGGGGCAUGGAGAGAUUUUCCAUGCUAUUUUGGGCCCUUUGAACACUGUAAAAAUAAAAACAAUUUGAGAAAACUCUAAGGCAACAAUCUUAGAUAUUUUUGUAGACCUUUUAACUUAAAUUCCUUAACUUUUGCCUUUGAGUUUGUCCAUCUUUCAGUAUUGUUAGCAGCAGCAGCAGUACCACUCAUUGUUCCACUGACUCUAUGACUUGGGACCCAGCUCUCCAUAUCUGAUGUUCACUGUAACUAACAAAGCAUUGAUUCAGGUUACACAGCAAACCAACUAAACUUCUGCUUUUGUUUGUCUUUGUUUACCAGUGUGUCACUCUUUGUGCACCUUUGUAAGUAUAUGUAUAUAAAAUAUAUUAUUCAAAGUUAACCACCAAAGGGAAAGUGAUUUUGUGUUUGUAAAUUUAACUGUGUUAUACUCUGUCCAGAUGUACUGUAGGAUUUUGUUUAUGGUUUUGAGCUUUUUUUGUAUUGUGAUCCUAACUAAUGAAUUUCCUGUAGACACAGUUAUUAACUUGUUUGUGACCCAGAACUCAAUAUCUAUGUGUGCAGUGCCUUCCAGUUCUCCUCUUUAAAGAGUAAAUUAACACCAGGCAAAAAAAGCAGUUGCUGCACCCAGCAUCACUGCAAAUGCUGGUUGUCACUUCUCCACACCCAGCAGUGAUGUUACAGUGUCAUGGAGUACACUCAUGCAUCACAGCAGUAAGUUAAGAAGUUACGCCACUGGAGGUUCAGAAACACAAGAUUUUCAGGUGGUGUUAACCUACUCUUUAAAUGUGUAUGUUGAUAGCUGUCGUUUUGCAUUUGCCUUGAAGUAGUAUAAAAAUUAAUAUCAGUGUUAGAGCAAUAUUUCACUUUAAUAGGAGGUUUUUUUGAAUAUUAAAGAAACAACACAGCCUCAAAAAAUGUUAAAUUGGUACAAACUCAUAAGAUGAGACAUAUAUAAUAUGACUUGACCAAAAGAUGUGGUGGACAAUAACUGAGAUUUAAAUAUAACCUUUUAAAAAAUAUAUAUGGGCCACACACACCAGCAUCCAAUCCUUCCUUUGUUUGGUCAAACUCCAGUAGUCUUGACAUGUGUCAACCCACUCUCAUGCAUGACACUGUACUUUUUCCAAGGUUAAUGUGCAUGAACUUUCUCAAACAGUCACGGUUUUAUCACAUCAACUCCCCAGGUCAGCCCAUCUCAGAUAUCGUGCCAUGACUGCUCCUUAUUCUGACUGACAGGCGCAUCUCAUGUUUGUUAUAAGCUUCAAUAGUCUUAAAAUGACUUAAUGUGAUGCAGCUGGUGUGUGUUGCACUUUAGAAAUGUCUUUUUAAUACCAGUAAUUAUUCAUCCCAAAGUGUAUACAUUCUUUGGUAAUAUACAUUACUGGGAACAUUCUACUUUACCGUUUUCCAAAGUGAAACAUUGCUUUAAUUUUUUUUUUUUUUUUUUUUUUUUUUUUUUUGCCAAGUCUCAAAUUUAACAUACCAUGUACCAGUAGUAUGUAGAAAGAAAGUGUGUCACAGCCAUAAAUGUGAUUCCCAUACUAUCUAUACUGUACGGGCCAAUAUCAAUGAAUGUUCAUCCAGAGUCAACAAUAAAAACACGACAAAAAUAAACAUAUAAGUUAAACGUCAA